AAUGAAAAUAAAAUAAUAAAUUACUAAAGAAAUUUCUAGAAAUACUAUAAAAAUAACUUCCCUUCUCAAAUCUUUAUUGUACGUUCUUUUCUUAUGAAACGUUCUAUUAGAAGAACUACGCACGACCUAUGAAAUUAUUUCCGAUAUAAUUUUAGUAGUCGAUUGUCGGUUUGAUAUUGUUGAAAGUUUCAUGGUAACCCAAAUCAUUUUAUACUAUACUAAUUAAUUCCGUCCAUAUAUUAUGAUUGAAUUCAAUAAUAAUUAUUAUCUUCUUUUCUUGCUGGGAAGCUAAGCUUAAUUUGUUUUACAUUUUAAUAUAUAUAGAAUAUUUAAAAGGAUACUAGUGAGCUGUAUAUUCGAAAUCACAAUACAUAAAACCAAAUGUUUGUUUUCUGAUCAAGAUAAUUAAUAACCUAAUUUUCACUUUUCACCAGCUUUGAUGCUAUUGAAGUAGCAGACGUUCCGAAAGUUUCAUUUGUUGAGUUUCUUCUAAUAAGAAGUCGCUAGAAUUGGUAAUGGUAGGAAGAGUUUUGUAGUUAGGUAAACAUAUUCAAAGUGAGAUGCAUACUCAUUUUACAAAGAAUAAUGAUAUUGCCAGCCCAUAGCCGCACAUACAGCUGUAUUCAAACAUUACAAUAUAUUUAUUUCCCUCAUUUGCCAAUUUAAUUCUAGUGAACAAUUGCAAACAAAAAUGGGAAUUUUUUUAAAAUAAAUUUUAUAAGAAAGCAGUUGCAUGAUUUACAUGAAAACAAGUGAAAGGGGGUAGUGGCUGCUUUUCGGUAAACACAAAAUAAUUGUAUAGAUUUUCGUGUAUCAAGAUUGUGGAGCAACAACUCUGUAAACUAUUCAUGUAUGUGUGACAUCCACUGAUCCACAUGGCUCUAUUCGGAAGACUUACCAAGUUACCAGUUACCUCCAGCGUUAAUAUUAUCCAAAAGGAUAUCUAUUAACAAAGGCGAGCGUGACGAGUGUUCGAUACAAUCUACUGUAAGCCAAGUGCAAGAUGAGCUGCGACCUAUACAUGUAUCGAGAUAGCAAGGAUGUUCUUUCUCAUCACCUUGACUUAUCAAACACAUUUGUUCAAAGAAACAUAUCGUAUUCGUAGAGAUGCUUUAAAAAAAACAUAUUGUAGAGAUCUUAGCCACACAUAAAACACAAGCCAACAAGUUUCAAAUCCAGGAGAAAUAAAUGUGCUACAUUCGAAAGUGAAUAUUCCAACUACAAGAAAACAUAAGUUGUGUGUAUGGUUGUAAAUUUUUGCAACAAUUAUAUUGGUUUGGCAUGAUGCUACAAUUAGUAUAUCAUUGUUUUAGUGCGUAUAAGAGAAUAGUAAUAAUAAGGAACCAACAAAUUCUAGUUAUAGAAAAGGGUAAAAACCUGCAAAUGAAAUCCAUCUCAACGAGGUAUUCUCACAUGCUUAUGUAGUAAAAUACAAGCAUUCAUGUUACAUUAUUUAAAUACAAAGAGCAUUGUAUCCAAUGAAUGUGAGCUGACCAUUUAAAUAUAUUAUUAUUCUUAGGCGUCAGUCAAUAAUUAUAUAUUAUUAAACUAUAUAUUAUAUCGAAAUAAGUAGAAAAGCACAUGGACCCAUGUGUUCAUUGGAGCAUUAUCAACCCAUAUUCUAAAAUGCUGGAUUCCUACCACCUAACAUGGUUUCCUUUUAUAUGUCACAUUUAUAUCUAUGCGUGUAAUGUCUACAUUUACAUACGUAUUCAUUUAAUUAAUUAUUAUUUAAUCUUCAUAUAAAUUAAGAGAUUAUGUCAACAUUGACUAAGAUAGGUUCAGUAAUCUCCUCUAUCAACAUUUAUUUUACUGUAAUAAGAAAGUGGUUGAAUGUUGAGGAAGUCUUCAAGGUUGAAAAAUAUGAAGACUCAAGGUUUAAAUUCAUAUCCAAGGCCAAGAUUAUAUGUAUACGUUAUACUUUUGGAUGUUAAAUAGUGGAUAUUACCACGACAAAAAAUAGUGGAUAUUACCAACCGCAUUUGCAAAUUAGAAGAGAGAUAAUAUUGAAACGGCUAGUCAUCGCCAAUAAAUAUAUGAAAUUUCCAUACAACAGAAGAUGUUGUUAACUAGAUGGUGUGCAUAUGCAAUAUGGGAAUGAAAUACAUUAAUGUAUCUUCAAUGUUAUCUUCGUCAUGACAUCACUGUAUCCUUAAUGUUUGACUAUGAACAAAUGAAAAAUGUUCAUGAAUAUUACUUUUUUAUGUGCCGUGUUUCAAAUUUAAUGUUGUUAACAUAAAUUCGAAAUUGCUUAGAGCAUUAAUUAAGAGAUUUUAAUCAUAAAUAUCCCACUAAAAUGCUUUUACAUUGUAUUUUUAUCAUAUUUCAAACUAUUUUUUUUCUCGAAAGAAAAAAAAAUAUCUACAAAAAGACAUUGACAGUGACAAUGAGAAACGAGUUUCAAACUAACGUAAUUUGACCGUGUAUUAUUCUCUUCUUUACAAAACCGCGUUUCACUUCUUGUCUCCGUCUUCUUCCUCGACCUUUCUCCCUCUCUCCUCCAUAAGUUCCAGAAACUCAAAAUUCAAAACCUCAAAAAGACCUCAGCUUUGAGAUCUUUAGCUAGUUUCAAGACAGAUAAGUUCUCUCUGAUGAUGUCUGGUUCUAGAUUAAUAAUCUUCGCAAUAAUCUCCGCAACCUUCUUCACCGUUGGAUCAAUCCGAUUACUCCCAGAAGAUGCAUCUUCAGACUUCAUAGAGGCUCCAGCGUACAUAAACGGACCCAAAUGCUCUGUUUUACCCCAAAACAGACUCCUCUUAGCUUGUGAUCCUUCAGCUGUUCACAUAGCUAUGACCCUUGACCCAGCUUACUUGCGUGGCACGGUUUCCGCAGUCCACUCCCUCCUCAAACACACCUCUUGCCCUCAAAACAUCUUCUUCCACUUCAUUGCUUCAGGGUCAAGCCACGUGAAGACUCUCUCCUCUGUUUUUCCUUCUCUGAGUUUCAAAGUCUACACCUUCGAUGAAACCCUUGUUAAAGAUCUCAUCUCUUCUUCCAUAAGACAAGCUCUAGAUAGUCCCUUGAACUACGCGAGAAGCUACUUGUCCGAGAUUCUUUCAUCGUGCGUUCACCGAGUGAUUUACCUAGACUCAGAUGUGAUCGUGGUCGACGAUAUCAAGAAGCUAUGGAAGACUUCUUUAACCGGUUCAAGAACCAUCGGUGCGCCAGAGUAUUGCCACGCAAACUUCACCAAGUACUUCUCAGAUAGUUUCUGGUCAGAUCCUAACCUCUCUCGAGUCUUUGACUCCAAGACCCCUUGCUACUUCAACACAGGUGUGAUGGUGAUCGAUCUUGUGAGGUGGAGGGAAGGAGACUACACGAGAAAGAUCGAAAACUGGAUGAGGAUUCAGAAAGAAGAGAGGAUCUAUGAGUUGGGUUCUUUGCCGCCGUUUCUUCUUGUGUUCUCCGGUGAGAUUGAAGCUAUUGAUCAUCAGUGGAACCAGCAUGGUCUAGGUGGAGACAACGUUGUGAGUAGUUGCAGAUCUUUGCAUCCUGGUCCGGUUAGUUUGAUACAUUGGAGUGGGAAAGGGAAGCCAUGGGUAAGGCUUGAUGAUGGUAAGCCUUGUCCUGUUGAUUAUCUUUGGGCUCCUUAUGAUCUACACAAGUCACAAAGACAGUAUCUUCAAUACAAUCAAGAGUUAGAGAUUCUUUGAUUCAUUUAAUUUUUUUUUCUUGAUUCCAUGAAUUCUAUUUUUUGUUUCUUCGUAAAGAGUUUUGAUCUUUUGUUAAUGUAUAUAAAACGGAAAAUACAUUGAGGUUUUACCUCUUCCAUUGCUCUAUCAGUUCUUGAUUUUUUUUUCAAGAUGUUUGUGUGCCUAUUAUUUUAUCUCAUUUUUGUUAAAUACCAGCAAGCAUUUAUUACCUAUA